GAGCUCCGGGGGUUUCCUUGUCUGUGACUGAGACCAUCAAGGAGACAGGCAGAUGAUAACAGCAUCCAUUGCUGGUUAUCAGCCUUCACAAAGCUCAAUGAACUGCUCACAAAGAAGCCACUGAUCGUGCCCGCUGCUUCUUGCAGGGCAGAGAUACUGAUCAGUGUCUCCAACCCCGUUUUUCUUAUGAGAUUCUUUUUUCAUUAACUCCUUUUUUUUAGAGCUCGAGAAGAUCUCUUUCCGCCAUGGUGCUAGGAAAGGUAAAGAGCUUCAUAGUGAGCUACGACUGUUUUAAUGACAGCAACGUCCCCGUCUUCUCCAGCGGGGACUCCGUCUCAGGGAGGGUGAUCGUCGAAGUCACCGGAGAAAUCCGGGUGAAAUCUCUCAAAAUCCACGCAAAAGGAAUAGCAAAAGUUCGUUGGACUGAGUCAAGAAACGCUGGAUCCAACACUGCCUACACCCAGAACUACACAGAAGAAGUGGAAUACCUGAACUACAAAGAUAUUUUAAUUGGACAUGAAAGAGACGAUGACAACUCGGAGGAAGGACUCACUACAAUCCAUGCAGGAAGGCAUGAGUAUGCAUUCAGCCUCGAGCUUCCACAGACACCUCUGGCUACCUCUUUUGAAGGAAAACAUGGCAGUGUGCGCUACUGGGUGAAGGCAGAGCUCCACAGGCCAUGGCUCCUGCCCAUGAAGACUAAGAAGGAAUUUACAGUCUUUGAGCACAUUGACAUCAACACUCCGUUAUUGCUGUCGCCUCAGGCCGGCACAGCAGACAAGACGCUUUGCUGUUGGUUCUGCACCUCAGGUCCAAUUUCCCUAAGUGCCAAAAUUGAAAGGAAGGGAUACACCCCAGGCGAGUCUAUCCAGAUAUUUGCCGAGAUCGAGAACUGCUCGUCCCGCGUGGUGGUGCCAAAGGCGGCCAUCUACCAGACACAGACCUUCUAUGCCAAAGGAAAGGUGAAGGAGGUCAAGCAACUGGUGGCCAACCUGCGGGGGGAGUCCUUGUCCUCUGGCAAAACGGAGACCUGGAAUGGCAAAAUGCUGAAGAUCCCACCUGUGUCCCCCUCAAUCCUGGACUGCAGCAUCAUCAGAGUGGAGUACUCCCUCAUGGUAUAUGUCGACAUACCAGGGGCAAUAAACUUGUCCCUGAACCUGCCCCUGGUUAUCGGAACCAUCCCUCUUCACCCAUUUGGCUCCCGCACAUCAAGCGUCAGCAGCCAGUGCAGCGUGAGCUGGCUGGGCAUGGGUCUGCCAGAGAGACCUGAAGCUCCUCCGAGCUACGCGGAGAUAGUGACAGAAGAGCAGAGGCAGUGCAGGCUGGAUGGUCCUGCAGUCCGAGAGGAGCUGGAGGGUCCGCUAUGUGCCUACAUUCAUGAGUUUCGUUUCCAACCUCCUCCUCUGUACUCUGAGAUUGACCCAAACCCGGAUCAUGCUCGCCGUACCGAGGAGCACAGGCUCGAUGCAUGUCCUUCGCGCUGAACGUAUUCCUAAAAUUGCCCUUUCUGACUUGGGGCACUUCAAGGAACCCGCUUGCAAGACUGAGCUUUGAACAUUUUCUCAGAUAACGGUGCUUUCAUAGUGCUGUUGACAUCUUGAGGAAAAAGGCAUCACUUCCAACUCAAGAACUAGCCUGUAGUUGGCCAAAUGCGUUCUGCCCCCCCAUCAGUAAGAGAAACAGAAGUCUCUAGUUUGGGGUAUAACUACCUUCCUGUGUCAGCCUUCUGAGGAGCUUUCAGUCUGUAAGGACCCCACACAACACACACACACACCUGUUGGACCAAGGCUCGACCUGCCAAGCUCCUCUUCAGCCUUGAUUCUUCUGUUCUUGUGGCACAUUAAGGACAUGACUCCUAACAAGAAAAAGAAGGCCAGAUUACUCGGUUCCUGGCAUCAGUAGAUUCACCUUCAAAAGAAAAAAAUGGGGUGGAGAAAAAGUUCUAACCGCCGUAGUCCGUGUGAAUGAAGGCGUUCAGCUGCAGUGAACAGAGCUAAGGCUAGGUCCUGUCUCAUGUGGGAUUUUGUUUUGCACAUUUUAUUGUUUUUACUUGAGUUGUGUGGCUCUGUUUUAAUUUUUUAAAUCACUAAUUGUUUGGUUUUGGCUUAGCAAAGCACCAGACCGAGAUCGCUAGACUGCAAGCUUAACCUUUGAGACGAUCAUCUGCAGAGACCGGGAUUUGACUUUUGAGAAACAAAAGACUGAAGGAAAAAAAAAACAAGUGAGAAAUGCACUGAAUCUGCUGAAGCUGUUCCAGUUGUUUUUCUUUUUAGUACAGUUUCUAAUACCUGACCCGGAGUUUUACCACCUCCAGGUGUUGCUUUCUGCGCUAGGAUCCUCCUGUUUAGUUCACCUACUCCGUUUAGCUCCUGUGAUCCGUUUUUGUUUUUGAGCAUGUCCCGGGUGUGGAAGAGGAGGGUUGCAGUCAUGCUUUUGCCACUAGAAACCUAAAUGACAGAAGAGGACACAAAUAUGGUCUCGCUCUUAAUUGCCUGCGGCCCUUCUAAUCCUCACAUUGGGCCAAGCCAGGCUUGCAUUACUGCCCAAAAAGCACUGUCUCAGGUGGUUUUCUCACUUGCCAAGUGGUUGAAAAAGUGGAUUUUAUUUUUUAAAUUGCACUGUUACUGCAAAUUUUUUCUUUUUUUUUUUUUCUUUUUUUUUUACUACCAAAAUGAGAGAACAGACCUGCAGUUGAGCAAGGCAGCUUUUUGAGAUGAAACACAUUCCCUUUUUGUCCUACUGCACUUGCCUACUGCAUCCAAACUAUGGUCAGAUGUUAGCAGACCAGUGAAACCAGAAUGCUACUUGUAAAAAAAAAAAAAAAAAAAAAACAAUAAAACCUGGAGGUGAGGAGUGGCAGCUUCUGUGGUAAAGAAGCAAAGCCUUUGUUUAGAGUGGUCAGGAGAAGUAGAAGUAGGUUCAAAAUGAGUAAUACAUUGGUUUUCUAACUCAUUUAAUACAAAAGGCCACUUGUGAACAGAGGUUUAGCAUGGUCGGGGAAAGACAAACAGCACUUUUUUUAUACAUUCAAUCAAAAAAGCAUUCAGUGGUGAAGGUCUGGAAUCCAAAACGUAGGUACUAACCAGACGGUAGAAGGUGUAUCAGUAAAGCAAUGUUACGUAGGACAUGGGUGCAUUAUUCACUCUUUGAUGUUAGUGACUUUUAUUACGUUUACAUUUUAAAGCAUAGCUAACAAUUGUUUUGUGCGUGCACGCUCUUCUAGAGAUCCCGCUGGCAACUAAAACAGCUUCUGACAGAUUUUUAAAGUAAUCUUAUCAUAGUGGCCUUGAUGCAGAAAACACCCGAUCAUCACGUUUCUGCGUCUGCUAAACCCACGCUCUCGUUUCUGCUUUGGUCGGCGCUCGUACGUUUUUUGACUGUUUCGUGUUUUCUUCAAAGGGACAAAAAGGGAAGAGAUUUUUAUUAUUAUUAUUUUUAAGAGUAAAACAUCUUGGCCAGGCCUCUUAAUUGUGCUGGGAGUUUUUUCCCCCUAAAAUCGAUGAGUUCAUUUUUGUCUUUUUAUUUCUGGGCAUUCAUACAGGUUGUUUUCUAGCAACCUUAUUAGAUAGUUUCCUCCCUCACCUCUCGUGAUCUCCCCCUCAGGCCUGACGGUGACAGCUGUUGAUCAGCGACCCCCACCCCCUCCUCCUGAGGAACAUUUAGCUAACAUAGGCUCAAGUGUUCAGUAGUGGUAAACUUGUGUAAUAGCAGUUUGCAGUACUUUGGGUUUUAUCUUAGGGAAACUAAAGCUAUGCGGUGAAGAAUAAGCUCACGUGUUUGUUUCAGGUCGGUUCGAUAGUCCACUUGCUCGGGCCUCAGUCGAGUCCAGUGUCAAAACUAAGCUAAUCUCCUGACCUGGUGACAAAAGGCAGGAACUGAAAUGUUCAGAGAAACAAAGAAAAAAACCUGGGUGAUGGGGAUCUGAAACAUUUUAGAAACAAAGUGCAAUAUUACUCACUGAAUUUUCUUCAUUCUCCAUGUAUGUUAUUAUUUUAUUGUUUUGGCUGUUAAUCAUGACGAUGUGUAGAUAUUCUAUGAAUAUACUAUGUUCUGAAUGAUUUAACCUUUGUCUAGUUCUUCCUUUUGAUUUAAAUAAACUGUUUGUUCUAAAUUACA